CUAUAUAAGAACCCGCAAAAUAUGUGCGCCUUAAAUGUGUUAACUUUCAUACUGGAAGCAUCCUAUAGCAAUUACGCGCAAGUCGGUCUUAAAUUGAAAUUAAAAUAGAGUUGUCUCCCCUACUCCAGGUCAGUAAAGAACCCAUCUCUACAUCAUCUAGACGCUUGCAUAGAACCCGCAAUUUUAUGUAUGCCCCGCAGUUAAAGCGCGUGAAGUGAUAUAGAACACGAAGAUCAGAAAAUGGCGGCAGUUAACGGGUGUUACAUGUGAUAUUGAAAAUUAAUAGAUCUACAGUACUCAGUAAUGAUGUAUUUCAAGGAAAUGAGACCAAGAAGAAAGAAACAGGAGAAUGUGGCAGCAGACUGCAUUGAUUCAGGGGAGGACCUCAAAGAUUUUGUUAUUGAACAUAUACCACCAAAAGGUCUUGGUGUUAGAACAACAAUAAAUAGAACAAAAGGAGAUUUCUUAAUGAUUUAUCCCGGCGAACUGAUAACAGAAAGAGAAGGGGAAGAACGUGAAGAACGUGAACCAUCCGUGUUUAGAUACUUCUUCCAAUAUAAAAGGAAAGGGUGGUGUAUGGAUGCUACUAGUGAAUUAGAUGUUGGGCCUCGGCUAGGUCGUCUGGUGAACCACGGUGGUAAAGGUAGAAAUUGUGUUAUGAAAACCCUGGAGUUCAACAAAAGGCCAUAUCUUUGCUUGUUUGCUGCUAAAGAUAUUCCACAAGGUGAAGAGUUACUGUAUGAUUACGGCAUUAAGGAUUUGCCUUGGGAGAGAAAAGCUGACACAGAAUUGGUGGCCGCUACUGACAAUCUGGAGAACAUGCUGGAGGCCCAGACUACAGACAAUCUGAAGAACAUGAAGGAGGCCCAGACUACAGACAAUCUGGACAACACGCUGGAGGCCCAGACUACAGAUAAUCUGGAGAACAUGCUGGAGGCCCAGACUACAGACAAUCUGGAGAACAUGCAGGAGGCCCAGACUACAGAUAAUCUGGACGAAAUGCUGGAGGCCCAGACUACAGAUAAUCUGGAGAACAUGCAGGAGGCCCAGACUACAGACAAUCUGGAGAACACACUGGAGGCCCAGACUACAGACAAUCUGGAGAACAUGCUGGAGGCAGAGGCUACAGACAAUCUGGAGAACAUGCAGGAGGCCCAGACUACAGAUAAUCUGGACGAAAUGCUGGAGGCCCAGACUACAGAUAAUCUGGAGAACAUGCAGGAGGCCCAGACUACAGACAAUCUGGACAACACACUGGAGGCCCAGACUACAGACAAUCUGGAGAACAUGCUGGAGGCAGAGGCUACAGACAAUCUGGAGAACAUGCAGGAGGCCCAGACUACAGAUAAUCUGGACGAAAUGCUGGAAGCCCAGACUACAGAUAAUCUGGAGAACAUGAAGGAGGCCCAGACUACAGAUAAUCUGGAGAACAUGCUGGAGGGCCAGACUACAGAUAUUCUGGAGAACAUGCUGGAGACCCAGACUACAGAUAAUCUGGAGAACAUGCUGGAGGCCCAGACUACAGACAAUCUGGAGAACAUACAGGAGGCCCAGACUACAGAUAAUCUGGAGAACCCGCUGGAGACCCAGACUACAUAUAAUCUGGAGAACAUGCUGGAGGCCCAGACUACAGACAAUCUGGAGAACAUGCUGGAGGCCCAGACUACAGACAAUCUGGAGUUAAUUCUGGAGGCCCAGACUACAGACAAUCUGGAAAACGUGCGGGAUGCCCAGACUAUAGACAAUCUGGAGAACAUGCUGGAGACCCAGACUACAGACAAUCUGGAGAACAUGCUGGAGAUCCAGACUACAGACAAUCUGGACGAAAUGCUGGAGAUCCAGACUACAGACAAUCUGGACGAAAUGCUGGAGGUCCAGACUAAAGACAAUCUGGAGAACACGCUGGAGGCUCAGACUACAGACAAUCUGGAGAACAUACUGGAGGCCCAGACUACAGACAAUCUGGACGAAAUGCUGGAGGCCCAGACUACAGAUAAUCUGGAGAACAUGCUGGAGGCCCAGACUACAGAUAAUCUGGGCAACAUGCUGGAGGCCCAGACUACAGAUAAUCUGGGCAACAUGCUGAAGACACAGAUUAUGACUGAGGAGCAGGUACACCCCAGCAAGAUACAGGACCAGAUCUCCGGUAAUAAUGCCCUGAUGAAGGAGAUGGCUGUGCGACUUACCAGCCUUAAGUCUAUACAGACAGCUGCAGAGGAGCUGAUCAAACAAGCCACUGAUUUGCAGGAUGGUGAUGCGAAAGAUAUUCCUCAUGGCACCAACAAGUUCUGGGAUGAACUGCAACAGUUGACACAUACGCUGAAGCACAUGUCUGACAGGCUUGGCAAUCAGGAGCCCACGGUGGAGCCCACGGUGGAGCCCAGCCUCAUCCGGGAACAGCAGGAAACACUAGAGAUCUCCAGUGAUGAAGAAGUGAUCAAUGUUGAUAACAAUGAUGAAGAUGAUGAUGAGGUGAUAGUGAGGAAAUCGCAGCUCAAGAAAAAAGGAAAGAAGAAACCUAAACUGUUUGAUUUAGAUGAGGAUGAAGAUCCAAUUCCAAAGGAGAAGAAGAGAAGGAAAUCCAGAAAGAUUGUCCAUGUAGGGGGGUCAGAUGGUUACGCAGAAGAAGAUGUUCUGGAGCCGACACCUAAGAAAACGUUUAUGGACAAGUUCUUGGCAAGCAGGAGCCCUGGAAAAGACACAAAUGCAUCCAAACCAGAGCCUGCCAAGAAGGUUGAGACAGCCAAAAAACUGACUGAAGCGAAACCGACCGUCUCUGUUUCAGCCUUCUUUGGUGAAGCUAGUAUUCAUCGGGUGGAGAGAAAAGUGGUACCAGCUAAGAAGGAAUUAGCAUUACAGAACUCAAAUGUGAACCCUCUGAACCAGCCAGUAGAUCCCACUUGUGAACUAAUGCAGAUAGAAGGCGACCUUUUGCUGGGGCAGCCCAAUGCCACCAACCCCCAUGACAGACAGAGCAGGACGAACUAUGGACUCGGAAGACAAGUUGCUGUUGUUGAUCCUUCGAGGCAAUUUUCUGAAAAUGAAUUGGGAUGUGAUUACGAUGGACUACCAUCAGAUGAUGAGAGUAUUGUACUUUCAUCUGGUUCAAGCUAUGCACCAUCGGUACUGUCAGGAGAGGAUAAUGAAGAUGACGAUGAAGAUGACGAUUCAUCUGUUAUAAUUCCUGUAACACAAACAAACAAGAGAUCUUGGACUGCAAUAGGGAGAGUGGCUUCUAGUGAAGAUAUAGGAGAUAAUGAGCCACCCAGGAAACAGAGGACUUUACCAGUGUUGGGGCCAUCCACAUCUAGCGCGUUUGAUGCUACAAGCAAGAAUACUAGUGAUGGACAUCAUGGGAAGACGUGGAAGAAAUCUUGCUUUAAAAAUGUUUAUGUUGAAUCCUACAAAUCCAAUGAUGGCAAAAGGAACUAUUCUAAAAAGAGUUAUUGCUACUAUUGCAAGAACUUGUACAAGUCUAAGAUGUCAAAACACCUAUUUGCUGUCCAUGCAGCAGAACCAAGGGUGAGGAAAAUAAGUCAAAUGGAGCUGAAAAGCAAAAGUAAAAGAGCAGAGCUACAGAAAUUAAAGAAUGAGGGUAACUUCAAUCAUAAUGUUGAGGUUCUUCAGAAAGGAGAGGGGAAUUUGAUUGUGUACAGGAGACCAGGCGUCCCAGCAAAUGCAUAUGACUAUAUUCACUGUCGUUUUUGUAAAGGUUUUUACCAUCACAAACUUCUAUGGUCACAUGUCAAAACCUGCAGUUUCAAACCAGAUGGGGCUGAAAAUGACACUGAGAGAAACUUCAUUAGAGAAGCUAGAUGUGAAAUAGCCCCAUUUCUUCAACAACAGGAUGAAGAUAUUGAAAUGUUAGAUGAAGUUAUUGAUAAAAUGAAAGAAACCAAAGAAAAUCCUGGUCUGAAGAAAGUUUGUCAGGAAGAUGAGUUAAUAAGACAGUUUGGGUUGUAUCAUCUGGGAAGAUUGGGACCACUGGAAGAGCAAAGACUGAAAGACCAAGACAAUGUGAGAACAAAAAUGAGAAGCUUAGCCAGACUGCUUGUAAGAUUAAAUGGAGAGGAACUGUUCAGCUAUCCUUUAAGCCAUUUCAUCUGUGCUCAAAAAUUUGAUUUAGUGGCAAAAACUGUGAAAGAAAUGUAUCAAGAAAUUGGUUCAUCACAGCUGGGCUUAAACUUAGGACAUUAUAUAAAACAGGUAAGCCUGCUGAAAUCAAGCAUGUGCCUUCGCAGACAGGACUGUAGGCGGAAAAAAGAGGCAAACGAGUUCACAGAAAUGUUCGAUGCCGAGUGGAAGGGAAAGGUUUCAUCAGUCGCCAACAGAAGCAAGCGUCUAAAAGCAAUGAACAAAAGAUGUGAACUUCCUUCUACUGAAGAUUUAGUGUCCCUCAAAAAAUUUCUUGUGGAAGAAAUACAAAUAAAAAUGGAAAACCCAGCACCAACAUAUCCCGAGUAUGUGUACAUAACACACUUACUGAUCGCCCGCAUAGCACUCUUCAACAAAAGAAGAGUAAAUGAGGUCUCUGAGCUGAAAGUGAGUGACUUCCAGAAGCGAAUAAGAGGAGAUGAAUUAGACACAAACACCGAAAUCUACAAUUCCCUGGCUGUCAGUGAAAAGGCUCUGUUAAAGAGAAUGGAACUUCUUGAGGUAAGAGGGAAGAGCACUCGGGGACUGAGGAAGGUGUUUGUAAUUCUAAGCACCGACAUGGUGGAAGGUUUGUCGCACCUCUUGAUGGUUCGUGCGCAGGCUGGUGUACCAUCAACAAACACGUUCCUAUUCUCCAGAUGUACAGAUUCACCACAGGAUGGCUGUGAAGCACUGAGAGUGGUCACAUCUAAGUGUCACAAUCUUGCCUUUCCAGAACGGGUCAGGACAACAAAACUGAGAAAGUAUUUGGCAACUACUACUCAGAUAAUGGAUAUGAGAGAUGAUGAGCUGAAGUUAAUUGCUGAUCACAUGGGACACUCUGUUGCCAUACAUACUGACGUGUACAGAAUGCAGACGUCAGUGCUUGAACGAACAAAAGUUGCAAGGGCUCUUCUAGCUUUAGAAGAUGGUAAACUACAGGGGUUUAAUGGUCGCGACCUUUCGUCGGUCAGCCUUGAUGAAUUGCCUGAACCUGAACCUGAACCUUACAAAGCAGGGUCAUUUGAAGAAUUGUCUGAACCAGACAACAGCUAUGAGGAUGUUCCUGAAGUUGAAACAGAAGCUGUACAGAAGCCUCAUGCAUGUACAGGAUCAAAAAAACGAUGGUCGAAAGAGGAGGAGAGUGCUCUACGGGAAGCCUUUGACAUUCAGAUAAAAAUGCAGAAAAACGUUUCAACAAUGGAGAUCAGGAAAGCACAGAAGUGUUAUCCUGUGUUGCAAGACAGAUCAGAAGCUGUUAUUCGGACAAAAAUAAACAACAUCAAAUUAGGAAAAUACAAAAAAAUAUGAACUGAAUUCAACCACUGCUAGAUAAGGGUAAUUUAAAAAAAAAUAAAGCCAUUGGUUUACAGUUGUAUGAUCAUGAACAUUUCUUGUGUCAGAAUGCCGAAAUUGAUGAGUGAAUUGGACUUUGCAAAGACAUGUGUUUUUGAAAUUAUAAAUGACUUUCACUGUUUAGUUUUCGCAGUGACCUUUGGAGGAAAUUGCUUUUCCAAUCAAUAACUGGAGAACCGUUGGGCCAAGCUUUGUGAAACUUAAUAGGAAGGUUUGUUUUUUUGUUGACCUCUAUUGUUUUUAGGUGACUAGGUCAAAGGUCAAAGUGACCUUGUAUGUUCAAACACUGUGAAAGAGUUGGGCCUAAGUUAAAGAAACAUAGUGUAGUUGGCUGUGACCAGUAGAUGGCACCUAUGAAUUAUUCAAAUAAUAUAUUUUGGUCAAAACCAACACAAGACAAAAAUGGAGUGUAGACGAAGUUGCUGAAAUAAAGGAGUAUUUUAAGACUUAUUUGGAUUCUGGCAUAACACCUAGAAACAAAGAAGUACAGUUGGCCAUGGCAAAAAGCAGGAAGAACAACGGCAUUCUUUGGAUGAGAAAAGCACAUCUCAUUAUUAAGAAGAUCAGCAACUUGAACAAAGACAAACGAAAAAUGUCUGUUAUCCAUUGUUUCCAUUCAUAGGGUAUCAACAUUUACUGUGUUUUUAUGCCCAUCCGUGUCAGUGAAACAUUUUUAGUUUCAAAUUUGAAAUACAAGCCACUUGAAGCAUAGAAGGCUUAAGAAAAACAGCCAUAUGGACUAGCUUAUAUCCAGAUUUGUUACACAUUUUUUUUUAUGCUUUUAAUUUCUAUAACAUUUUAGUGUGCACUUAAUUUUACUGUUUAUGUAUUGUCAUUUGAUAUUGAGACAUAUUGGAAAUUAUAAACUUAUUGUGAAAGGUAGACCUAUCAGAAAUUACACUAUUUAUGAUAACAUACAAAACACGCAAUAAUGCUUAAAAACAAUAAUCCUUUAACGAAUUAAUUUAUAUAAUUUAAGAUAAUUUAAACUUUAUAUAUAGAGAAAAAUGGGUUAGUGUUGUUGACAACAACCGAAUAAGUUAAGUUUUUGAUGUUAUUUACCAAAUUUUUCAAUUGCUUAAAUAUAAUUUAUUGUAUAAUAUUCAUUUAAAGUGACAAAUCGUUUGAUUCUUUCUUAUAGCUGAACCUAUGGUUCUGCAGUCAAGCACUGUUCCACUUAGCCAUAGAGGAUUGAUUGAAAUAGAUUAAGAGUUAACACAUUUAUAUUACUGAUAAAAAAAAUGCUCAAAAUGUAAACAAACAUGAUAUAAAAGCAGGCAGCUUUUUUUCUUUAAAAAAUAUAAUUUAUUGUAUAAUAUUCAUUUAAAGUGACAAAUCGUUUGAUUCUUUCUUAUAGCUGAACCUAUGGUUCUGCAGUCAAGCACUGUUCCACUUAACCAGGGAGGAUUGAUUGAAAUAGAUUAAGAGUUGACACAUUUAUAUUACUGAUAAAAAAAUGCUCAAAAUGUAAACAAAAAUGAUAUAAAAGAAGACAGUUUUUUUUUAUUCAUUUUUUUUUUUUUUUUUUUUUCAAAUUAUUUGAAUUUAUACUGGGGGACAUGUUUUGCCCUGUCUGUUGGUUUGUUUGUUUGUUGGCUUGUUUGCCAUAACUUUUGCAAUAUUGAAGAUAUCAACUUGAUAUUUGGCAUGCAUGUGUAUCUCAUGGAGCUGCACAUUUUGAGUGAUGAAAGGUCAAAGGUCAAAUAUACGGUUAAAAGCGCUCAUUAAAUAUACACUAUAACUUCGUUAGAACUUCUUUCACAUACUUAAUAUCUCAUAUGUAAUGUAUCUCAUACAGCUGAACGUUUGAAAUAGUGAAUUGGUAACUUCAAUGUCACCCAUCUAGGUCAAAGGUCAAGUUCUUCUACAAACUCAAAUACUUCAAAUUUAAUUACAGAACUUUCUGUGUCAUUAAUACUAUAAUAGGCAUGAUUUGUGUAUCUGAACUCCAUCACUAGUGUAUCUUUUAUCCCUAUUAUCAAGGCGUCUUUUAUAACAUUAUACCAUAAUAUCCACAGCCUGUUGGCAUUUAUUGUUUAUAAUGUAUGUGACUUUAAAAUUAACAAAUUUCUAAAUGUGAGCAAUUUUUAUGUCCAUAACUGGUGUAACUUUGAUGUCCAUAACCUAAGUGACAUAUUCUAAGUAACGGUAAUGUCCGUAAGUUGUGUGACUUAAUUGUUCAUAACCUAAGUGACUGUCAUGUCCAUAAAUUGUGUGACUUUAAUGUUAAUAAUCUAUUCUAAGUAACAGUAAUGUCCAUAAGUUGUCUGACUGUAAUGUCCGUAAGUUGUGUGACUUAAUUGUUCAUAACCUAAGUGACUGUCAUGUCCAUAAAUUGUUGUGUGAUUUUAAUGUUAAUAAUCUAUUCUAAGUAACAGUAAUGUCCGUAAGUUGUGUGACUGUAAUGUCCAUAAGUUGUGUGACUUAUUUGUUCAUAACCUAAGUGACUGUCAUGUCCAUAAAUUGUGUGACUGUAAUUUUAUUAAACUAAGUAACUGGCAUGUCCAUAACUUGUGUGACUUUAACAUCCAUAACCUAAGUGACUGUAAUGUCAUAAAUUGUGUGACUUUAAUGUUAAUAAUCUAUUCUAAGUAACGGUAAUGUCCAUAAGUUGUGUGACUGUAAUGUCCAUAAGUUGUGUGACUGUAAUGUCCGUAAGUUGUGUGACUUAAUUGUUCAUAACCUAAGUGACUGUCAUGUCCAUAAAUUGUGUGACUUUAAUGUUAAUAAUCUAUUCUAAGUAACGGUAAUGUCCGUAAGUUGUGUGACUUAAAUGUUAAUUAUUUAAGUGACUGUCAUGUCCAUAAGUUGUGUGACUAUUAAUGUCUGUAAGUUGUUUGACUGUAAUGUCUGGGGCAACAACUGCAUUUAGUUGUUGAGUUACUAGUUAAUUAAUUAUUAAGUACCCCAGGGCAUGUAUGGAUUUGUGUUUUAAAACUUGGUAUUGUAUUUUGAAACAAUGUUUAUUGGAAAUAGAGGGAUUUUUAUUUAUUUUGUCGCACUGCUUUACUUACAAAAAUGCCCAAUUUUUUAUGUGAAACAGCCUUUGAAAGAAAAAUAUAGCAAAAAUUAUUUAAUUUUAUUUCUGAUAAUGUAGUCAGUCCGUAGAUGUCCCUUGACCAAAUAAAUGGUCCGCUAUCUACUUUUGUAGCCUGUUGAACAGGUAUCUGACUUAAGUUCUUUGUCCUUUUCUAUUAAACCUGUAUAUCCAUUUUUUACUACUUUGAGCACGAAUAAGAUGAAUGUUUGUCCCCAGUUUAUAGGUCAAGGUCACAGUGGACACUUUAAAUUUGUGUAUAUUCCUUAAAUGGAUGUAGUAAAAUUAUAUGUUCCUGCACGGCUUUAUUUUGUUAUAUUUUGUUUUAUUUUUGAUAUUGUAGUCGGUCAGUAGAUGUCCCUUGACCAAAUAAAUGGUCCGCUAUCUACUGUUGUAGCCUGUUUGACAGGUAUCUGACUAAGUUUUGUAUAUACCUCAGGUUAUUUUAUUUUUGAUAUUGUAGUCGGUCAGUAGAUGUCCCUUGACCAAAUAAAUGGUCUGCUAUCUACUGUUGUAGCCUGUUUGACAGGUAUCUGACUAAGUUUUGUUAACGCCCGUUUGAAAAAACGGACAUAUUAUGUGAUCACCCAUGGGUGGGCGGCUUCCAGAUCUCUGAGUAUAACUCUUAAAGUAUAAGAGCUUUUCACAUGAAAAUUCAUAUAUGGAUUGAUUUCAUUGAGAAGAAGUGCAGUGCACGAGAACCAUAACUCUAGCUUGCUUAAUUUCAGAAUUAUACCACAUUUUAAAUUUUCUUUUCUGAGUCAUAACUUCAUAACUAUAAGGCCAAUUAACAUCAAACUUGGAAUAAACGUAGGUUGUGGUGUAUAGAAGUGCAGCCCACAAGAAUCAUAACUUUAGAUUGCAUAAUUUUAGAAAUAUCCCCAUUAAUAAUUUUGUUGGUAUGCCUUUUUUCUUGGUUGCCUGUUUUUUAUGUCCCCAGUCUAUGCUGGGGGACAUAUUGUUUUUGCCCUGUCUGUUGGUUUGUUUGCACAAACUUUAACAUUGGCCAUAACUUUUGCAAUAUUGAAGAUAGCAACUUGAUAUUUGGCAUGUAUGUGUAUCUCAUAGAGAAUAUUUCAUUGAGUGUGACCUUCUUGGUGACCUUCAAAAAAAAGACAAGCAUUGGGGCAUUACGACUCUUGUUUCAUCAAAAAAAAAAAUUUGUUCAAGGUAACUACAAUUAGUCCUCUACAACUUUCACAUUUUAUUUAGUUCAACAGUUCUAUCACAUUUUACAAGUUUUACAUAUUUUUGAGAAAAAAAGUAAAGCUGUGCUACUGUGGACAUUCAUUGUUUUACUCUUUUAUUAUUAAUUAAUGAUCUUUAAGAUUGGUAUCUUCAUUCCAUUUUGGACAUGGUCUGGUCAGUAUUAGUAUUAUACAUAUGAAUGUUAGAAGGUUCAUAUAUCUAUGUUUGCAAUUACAAGAUAAAAAUGCAGAUAAUAUUGCAGCCAAAUUGUGUUACAAUGUAUUACUAUCUGAUGUGUUGUGUGUCAUUGAAUAGCAUAAUCCAUGAGACAUCUUGCACCCAAGCUGAUCCAGGCAAAUGCUGGUCAUGCCCAAAGAAUUUUAUCUGCCAUUGAUUCUUAGAAGGUUUGUGCCCAGCACAUCAUCAGGCACAUUGAAUUUUUACCGUAAUGUAACAAUAAUACAUUGUUCUGGUUCUUACAUAGUUUCAAAUCGUGUAUUACUGUAUACAAAGUUCCCAUUUUAUGUCAUGGGCACAUGCAAGAUGCACAGAGAUGGCAAUAUUGAUAGUCCAGCAAUAUCAGUAGAUUUCUAUAUGAAAUGUAUAUAAACAGAAAUUUCAUUUUCUUUUAAUUUCAUCAUUUCUGGUCAUAUACCUAUCGUUCAUAUUUCAUUGGAAAGCUCUUGAAAUUCUUAAGAUGUCAUAAUUAAAAACUAAAAAUGAGGUUAAACAAACAGACCAUUUAUUGUUCAAUGUUCUUUUCAGUCAAAUUAUGGGAAAAAAAUCAUAUAGUGUAACUUUUAUGCUUAUAAUUUUCUGUAGACAAUAUUAUAUUGUAAAAUAUAUUUAUAUCUAAAAUGCAAAAUGAAUAACAGUUAAAAUGAUACCAUUUUGAGCUCACCUGAGCACGAAGCUUUUAGGAUCACCUUACGUCCGUUGUCCGUGGUGUGUCAACCUGCUUCAAAUGACAUCGCCUAAACUAUGCCAAUUUUGAUAAAACUUUACAAGAAUGAUCAUUGGGUGACCCUAUACUAAAAUUGCUUUAUUUGUUCUGCUUUUGUUGCACAAGAUGACUAUCAUUACUAAAAAUAAAAAAAAUCUUUAAGUGGCAUAUUCUUUUAAACCACUACGCCAAAUUUGCCAAAUAAGUUUACAGAAGUGAUCCUUGGGUUAUCCUUGACAAAAUUGAUUAAAUCAUUUCUUUAUGAUGCAAGAGAUGGCAGUUGUCGCUAGAACAUUAUUGGAUAUUUUGACAUGAACUAGUACACUAAUUGUUCAGGUGAGUGUCUAAGGGCCAUCGGGCCAUCUUGUUAAUAUACCCUCUCAGAGCUGUUAACAAUAUUUUUUAUAUUUAGUUAAAAAAUAACAGAAGCUAUUAACAUUUUCCCCCACUGUAAUUGUAAACUAUCAAAAUGGCUGCCAGAUUAUUGUAAAUAAGAACAAUAUAACUCUUAUCAGAUAGAAAAAUUGGUGCUUUGAAAACUAUAUUGAUAUUUUAUCUGUUUCUAUGUAUAGACGGCUUUGUAAAUUUCAUACAAUGAGUAGUUGGUUUCCUAUUGAACUAUUACGCCAUUUUGGCAUAGAACGUAACCAAAGAAUAUGUACUUUGUGAAGUUGUUUAGGUGAUGAGUUUCAGUACUGUUUCAGUCACUUUAAAUCUACACGUAAAAAAAUAUUUAUAAAUAUUUUAGAAUUCAUCCUCUUAUAAAAUGGAAAAGUUAAUGAAUACGUAAUAUACAUCUGUACUUUUUCAAGUUAGUAUUAUUUUGUAAAAUUGUUAUGAAUAAUUUUAUUCAUUAUAAAUCAUGUCAUGGAUUUUUAAUUACAUGUAAAUCUUAGUAUUGUGCUAUAGUCAUAAUUCUUUUAACUACAUUGUGAAAGUGUGACCUAGUGCUACUUUGACAUAAUAUAAUUGUUGUAAUAUCCUAAAAUCUGUUGUAAGUUUUGUUGCUUGUUAAUACAGUUCUACCGGUACUUGUUCUUGAGUUCAUAUUACUUUAGAAAUUAAUUAUGUUAGAUGUAUGUGUUUACAUCACACACAAUUGUGAUUCUACUGUAUAAUUAUAUAAGUAAAUAUGUCCAAUCUAGAAUCUGUUUUAUACUGAGCUUUCAUAUUUGGUAUGUAGCAUUAUCUAGAGGUCCGCUACCAAAGUUGUUCAAAUUGUUCCUCUGGGGUCAAAAUUGACUCCGCCCUGGGGGUCACAAUUUUACAUUGAAUUAUAUAAGGAAAACUUUAAAUGACUUGAACUGCUAAUGGGAUUUUGACCAAACUCAACAGAAAUGGUCCCUGGGUAGUCCUCUACCAAAAUUGUUCAAAUGGUUCUGAUUGGUUGCAUAAGUACACAUUGUCAAAAAAAAAAGGUUUUUAAAAUGCAACUUUCAAAAAUCUUCUUGUCUGAAACUACAAGACCCAGAGCUUUCAUAUUUGGUAUAUAGCAUCCUCUAGAAGUCCUCUUCCAAAUUUGGUUUAAGUUAUGCCCCUAGGGUUAAAAUUGACCCCGCACCGGGGGUCACAAUUUUACAUUGAAUUAUAUAAGGAAAACUUUAAAUGACUUCUUAUCUUGAACCGUUAAUGGGAAUUUGAACAAACUCAACAUUAACGGUCCCCUUACCACAAUUGUUCAAAUGGUUCUGAUUGGUUGCAUAAGUAGGUCAAGGGGUAAAAAAAUAGGUUUUCUAAAUGCAAUUUUCAAAAAUCUUCUUGUCUGAAACUACAAGUCCUAGAGCUUUCAUAUUAAUUUCAUGUAUAACAUCAUCUAGAGGUCCUCUACCAGUAUUUGGUGGACAACAUUAGUGGUCCUCUGUAAAUGGCUCCAUUGUGACCUUUGACCUUUUCCUAAGGUGAGCGACCCAGGGCCCUUUGGGCCCUCUUGUUAUUUUUCAUUAAAGGGACUCUCUCAGACACGUGUAAUUUGGGAGUAAAUAAACGUUAAAAAUUUGAUAUUCAACUUCCUCGUCACUAUACCAAAGACCGCUUUCAUUUUCCUUACUUAUAAGUUACUAAAACCCCAUGUUUUUGUUGCUUGGUGUGAAGUGAGCCUUCGCGCCAGUCUGUUCAACGUUGGGAAAGCCGGUUUAUAAAUAAACUGAGGAAUUCUUUUUCGCGCGCCAAGCUAUCACGUGACGUCUAAAAAUAAACACUACACAGCAACAUAGUAGCAAAGGGAAAUAAUCGUGCGCUUAGUUUGGGUGGAAUUCUGAACAUUUGAUGUAGAAAAUGCGAGUAUUUUUUAUUUUCCUUACCAAAUUGACCAAGAUUCAAUAAAUAUUAAUGUCUUCUCUAUUUGUUUUUGUCAUCGCUCGACCCAUUUUCGUCUAACGCAAAUAAUGUAUGCGACCAUGCACAUGUUCAGUAAACGUCUCCGAAGACCCACGUGACGAUGGUAUCUAAAAACACCACCUCUUAUUCUAAGUUAAGAUCGUUGUUUACAAAAUAAACCCGUUUAAACGGUCUUACAUAUCUGCGAUUUAAAUGUUAAUUUUCUUCUCUGUACAAAUAUGAGCAAGUUUGGAAAGCUGUCAAUAAUCUAGUUCUGUGUUACUUUAGAAAUGUAUGUUGUCGUGUUUAUGGUAGAAGACAAUUUAUUUACAAAAAGUUAAAAUCUCGAUCUCUGAGAGAGUCUCUUUAACGAAAAACCGGAGAACAGUAGUAAAAAUUAUUUAAAAUUUUGAGAAAAAGGCAUUCAUCGUUACCCCAAACCUUUAUUAUUAUCAGCCAUGUUUUUUUCAUAUCAGGGAUGGUCUAAAACCCGUGGUGUCUGGAACUGUAUAUGUUCUGAUUUUUUUACAAAUAAUGUUUUUUUGGGGGGGGGCAGGUGGUUUUGGACAGGGGCGGGCGUGGAUGAGAAUCUAAAAUAUUUUUUUCUAUUGCCUAACUGUAAAAUAACAUAUCUUGAAAAAUAAAAUCCUGCAAAUACUUUCUACCUGUUGUUCUGUUACAUGUGUGUUGAACAUUUCUGUGACUUGUUAAAAUCCUAUGGACAAAUUUCUAGUCUAAAUUAGCUUCUCAAUUUAAAUAACUUGUUCCUUCAAAAUAGUGCAUGGUUUGAUAUUGUACUAUUUAAAAUUUGAAUUAAUAUUAUCUCUAGUCCUGGCAAGUCUAUGUUCUUUAAGUAAAUUGAAAUUAAAAGGUUUAUUCAUUUAAACAUUUUGCAAUGAUUUCUGUUAGUUCACAUCUUGUUAAAAUGUUUUAUACAUGCAUAGUUUAUGCCUUGGUUAAAUAAAAUCUGAAAUCUGUUGUGGGAAGUAUCAUACUAUGUAUUCGUGUUUCUGUUUGUAAAACGUUUAAUAAAACUAUUUAACAUAUA